AUGGGUUUUGGUGGUGGUUGUGUGGCGACGCCGGUGAUGGGAGUGGAGAGGAGGGAGGUUGUGGAGGCUGAGAGUGAUGGAUAUUUGGUGUUUUGUAAGAGGGGAAGAAUGGAAGCCAUGGAAGAUAGUCCCAACUGUGCUACCUAUAACACUUUAAUGAAGGGUUAUUGCCUAAAUAAUAAUGUGGACAGAGCUCUCGAUGUUUUUUCUACAAUGGCGAAUUCUGGUGUUAUGCCAAAUAGAGUUUCCUGUAACAUUUUAGUACAUGCACUUUGCAAGAAAGGACUAUCGGAGGAUGCUAGGAAGCUUCUUCAAGAAAAAUUAGAUAAAAAUUGUGACAAGGAAAGAUCAAUUUUAAUCACUUCUACAAUACUCAUGGAUGGUCACUUCAAGAACGGAGAUACGCUGCAGGCUCUCAUUUUUUGGGAUGAGAUGCUCCGAAGGGGUACCCAAAUGGAUGUUAUUUCCUAUAAUGUUAUAAUUUAUGGAUUUUGUUCGAGCCAAAACGUGACAGUUUCAUAUAGAUACUUAUCUAAAAUGUUUAAGAGUGGCCUUAUUCACGAUGUUUUCACUUACAAUACACUUAUAAGUGCGCUUUGUAAGGAAGGAAAGAUUGAUGAGGCUUGUUAUAUCUAUAGUGUUAUGUCAAGAAUAAGGGCGGCUCCUAAUCAUAUCUCAUACAAAAUGCUCAUUCAAGGCCUCUAUAUUCAGGGGCAUGUAAUCGAGGCUAAUGAGUUUCUUGUUUCUAUGUUAGAGAAUUCGAUUGUACCUGAGCCUUUCAUUGGAGUGCUAUAA